GGGCACAGAAUUGCCAUUAGGUCAUAGUGUCUACGUAUAAUGGCAUCGAUUUUUGGUGUCCGUGUCUCAAAAGUCAAUCCCAUAGGAUGUUUGUCACGAUUAUGUAAGGCAUCAAAAAACCACAAUGUGACACAAGUGGCAUUGAUGACAAGAUUAUCAUUGAAGAUACCUGGGAAUAAACCUCCUCCAUUCCCCUAUUGGAAGAAAACGUAUAAUAUUAUUCGACGGGUGAUGGAUCCAAUCACAUACAGAUUUGACGAAAAUACCAGACUAGUGGUUGUAGACGGGCUUCCUGCUGUCGGGAAGAGCAAAUUUUGUGAAAAGAUAGCGGAUGCUUUUGGAAUGUUGUACAUGCCAGCACCAACGCAAGAUGAUUUGUACAUUAAUCGAUAUGGAUUCGAUGUCCGUACUUUAGACGACCAGUUACCAUUUAUGUGCAAAAGUUUUGACGUACCAAGAUUUUUAGAGAAUCCCCAUGAUAAAAGAGCAGGCUUAUUUCAAGAACAGUUUUUCCUAAUGAGGAUGGAUCAGUACUUUAAUGCAUUGCUUCAUAUAUUAUCGACCGGUCAAGGUGUGGUUCUUAAUCGGUCUGUUUUCUCAGAGAUCAUCUUUGCCGAAGCCAUGUUGAAGGCUGGUUAUAUCCAUGAAGACGUAUACCUGCAUUAUGUCACAAUGAGGAAUACUGCUUUAAAGAAGUUACCAAGACCGCAUUUAGCAGUAUACUUAGAUGUACCCGCAGAACUUGUCCAGGAGAAGAUUAAGCAAAGAGGUAGACCCGAGGAAAUUAACACGAAAGUCUUCAGUACACAAUUCCUGAACGAUAUGAGAGACAGCUACAGAGAGAAAUACCUAAAGCAGUUGGCUACUCACUCGCAUUUAUUAAUUUACGAUUGGUCCAAAGAGGCUGAUUAUAAUAUUGUAGUGGAAGAUAUAGAGGCUAUAGAUUUUGAAAAUUAUGAGAAUAAGAAAUUGAAGGAUUGGGAGUUUGAUGAGGCAGAGGACGUUGUUAUGUUAAGAUACAAGUGUGAUACCGAUUACCGGUUGAGUUUGUAUUGUAAAAUGUUGAUGGCAGGUGAGACAGUAAUGGCUGAAGAUUUAAUACAGACAGCGGAGGAUAGGGAAAAGUCAAAAAAAGUAAUGGCCGAAUGUGACACUGAACAAUUUUCAUACGGAUUCAAUCCAAAAGCCGGCGACAAAAUUCUUUUUAAAGGUAAUCCACGCGACCUCUACUACUUUCGUCGAAAUUCGCAGGAUUUUGUAAAUCGAUCGAAGUAUAUGUCGUGAAGUCUGUAAUAUAAAUAGAACUAGAAUUCGAAGGAAAAGUAAGAGCGUCUUUGAGCUAAUCGAAAGAAAUCAGUGAGAUGCUCGAUUGUUAACGAUAUAAUAAAAUGAAAUGUAGUUCCAAGUUGAGUUUAGGAUUGCUUCACUUUUAGUCAGUCUCAGUGUCAAGGAGCUUUAUCACACAUUAGGAGCUUAAUUCGUCUGAACUUAAGGAUGGAAAAAAUAGAGUGUAUAAUACUUAAUAAUGUUAUUAUUACUCCGUCAUUAUAUUGGGAAACAUACAGCUUAAAAAUAUAAAUUCUUCAUGAAAUUAUAUUGAUUUCAAUGCACGAAAAUGCCCGGCUAUAAGACUUCUGAGAAAUAGAAUAUUAAUUAUUCAUGCAGAAACGGAAAUCACAUAUUCACUGGUCUUUUUGGUACAGUACAAACCGCAUAACCUAUAUAAAUGCUUUGGUUCGUGUAGAAGUUACCGAUGAUAAUUUAUAAAUCUACCGAAUCAGACAACACUUUCGUUCUUCACCACUCUGCAGGUUUAUAAAAUUUAUAUCUGCGGUAUCCGCGCGACAACCUUUUCUAUUCACUUGUGUAACAAGUGAAAAUAAGUGAAGUAAAGUUUGUGUAAAAAUAGUAAAUUCUGAUUA